AUGGCAAAGAAGAUGCUGGAAAUGGGAUGCUUCGAGAUCAGUUUGGGAGACACGACUGGAACAGCAACCCCAGAAGACAUUCGUCAACUCCUCGAGACUCUGCUGAAAGAGAUACCAGCAAGCAAACUCGCUGGGCACUUCCAUGACUCGUUCGGUCAAGCAAUUGCCAACGUAAAGGAAGCCUAUGGAAUGGGUAUCAGAGCAUUCGACAGCAGUGUGGGCGGCCUGGGAGGAUGCCCAUACAGUCCUGGUGCGAAAGGAAAUGUCGCAACAGAGGACGUUAUAUGUCUCUUCGAGAGCAUGGGUAUCGAUACAGGCGUGGAUCUGGCCAAACUCGCUAAUAUCGGAGAAUGGAUAAGUCGGCAGCUUCAUGUUCCCAACAGCAGUCAGGUUGGCUCGGCUCUGGUAGCCAGCAACAAACGAGCUCUGGAAGUCAGGAACGCUCACAGACAACAAUCUGCCAUCCCAUCAGAAUGGCGACACCUAUCACAUCUGAUAUGCUGA